AUGGUUGGCUUUGCGGAGAAGACUGCCAACCAAGGAUCGCUUGAGGCGUUGGGGGUUAAAUGUCUUCGGAACGUGCAUCCUUUGCUGAUCUACACUCUGUUGCAGCCUGAAUCAAUCAACCUCGCGUCAACGCAGAUGCGCAUGCUACUCCAGUCAUCAAGCUCUACUUUCACAACCAGUGUAAGUCUCAGUGUAAAAAUAAUAAUCAAAUGGUUUUGUCCUAAAGAGUAUGUUUCGAGCAAUCAGUGCAAGUCUCAGUGUAUAAACCGAGGGAGGUAUUGUGCUCCUGACCCUGAACAAGACUUUGGAGAUGGGUACGACGGGAAAGACAUUGUUUUCGAGAACUUGAGACAGUUGUGUGUUCAUAGAGUAGCGAAAGAGAAUAGUAGGUCUUGGGUUUGGGGAGUCCCACCGUGGGACUAUGUGACUGACUUUCACAUCAGGUGUUCAAUGAAGGAGAAGAAGUAUAGCACAGAAUGUGCAGAGAGUGUUGUGAAAUCUCUCGGUUUGCCACUUGAAAAGAUCAAGAAAUGUAUGGGUGAUCCUGCAGUUGAUGUGGAAAAUGAGGUUUUGAAAGCCGAGCAAGCUCUUCGGUUAGGACAAGGAGACCGUGGGGAUGUCACAAUCUUGCCAACAUUGAUCAUCAACAAUGCUCAGUACCGCGGUAAACUCGAGAGAAAUGCGGUAUUAAAGGCUAUAUGUUCAGGCUUCAAGGAAAGAACCUAACCUGGGAUCUGUCAAAGUGGAGAUAUUGAAACAAAUGAAUGUCUUGAAGCAAAUGGAGGAUGUUGGCAAGACAAGAAAUCUAAUGUAACAGCCUGCAAGGACACAUUUAGGGGAAGAGUUUGUAAAUGCCCUGUUGUGAAUGGUGUGCGUGUUUAUAAAGGAGAUGGCUAUACUUCAUGUGACCCUUAUGGACCUGCGAUAUGUUCGAUCAAUCAAGGAGGCUGCUGGUCUGAAAUAAGAAAGGGUGAAACUUUCUUAGCUUGCUUGAACUCAGAGGCAUCCGGAGGUCGUCGCCCUCCAGGUUUCAAAGGGGAUGGUCUUAAAUGUGAAGACAUUGAUGAAUGCAAGGAGAAAUCAGCUUGUCAAUGUGAUGGAUGCAAGUGUAAGAACAAAUGGGGUAGUUUUAAAUGCAAAUGCUGCAAUCGUCUCUAUAUGAAAGACCAAGACACUUGUAUCGAGAGAAGCGGAUCAAGAAUCGGGUGGUUCUUCACAUUUGUUAUUCUACCUGCAGUUGCAGGCAUUUGUGUAGCUGGUUACGUGUUCUACAAGUAUCGUCUCAGGUCUUAUAUGGAUUCAGAGAUCAUGACGAUUAUGUCGCAGUACAUGCCCUUGGAUAGCCAAAACACAAACGAUCCAAUGACUGGUGAACCUCAACAGCAACAGCUGAGACUAACUUCUGCAGCGUAA